AUGGCACGACAAAUUGAAGCCACUCAUGCCUGGAUGGAAAGUCUAAUUCACCAAACAAACUUCAUGCAUGGAGAAGAAGCAAUGACAAGACUUGGUGGUCCAAUUGCGUUAUUGAAAGCACAAGCAACACAAACAUUUGAAUAUUGUGCUCGAGAAGCUGCUCAAAUUUUUGGCGGUUUAUCUUACUCUCGUGGCGGUCAAGGUGAAAAAGUCGAACGUUUAUAUCGUGAAGUGCGUGCUUAUGCAAUUCCUGGUGGUUCUGAAGAAAUUAUGCUCGAUUUGGGCAUUAGACAAUCUCUGAAAGUUGCACAGUUCUAUGGAGCCAAACUUUAA